AUAGCCGAACAAACUUCUCUAGACAUUUUUUAUCAUAUAAAAAUACUAUAACCAAUGAAAGUUCUAACCUAGAGAAAUCAAAUAAUAAUAAUUCUAGCUUGGAAGAGUUGUAUGAUGAUUACUUAGAUGAGUUUAAUAAUGAUAAUAUAACUCAUGAAAAUUAUAAAAGUUUAACAAAAGCAUCAUUAUCUUCUAUAGCUACUGUUUCUUUACAAAUACUUGCAAAAAGAAAAAAGGCAAUACUAUUUAUAGAAAAAGUAAAUCAAACAAAAGCUGAGUAUAGAGAUAUAUGGAAAAAGAUAAAAUCACAAAGAUUAAACACU